AUGAACGUAAUCCAAGUAUAUGCGCCAACAGCAGACAAAGAUGAUCAGGAAGUAGAAAUGUUUUAUGAACAAAUAAACGAAAUACUGAAACAAGUCAAAGCAAAAGAUGUAACAAUAAUAAUGGGUGACCUAAAUGCUAAAGUUGGUAAAGGAAAGACAAAUAAUCUGAUGGGAAACUUCGGUCUGGGGGAAAGGAACGACAGAGAAACAAGGGAAAGAGUGAAAAAUAAGAUAAAUGGGGCAUUGCAAACCUUGCAAUGCAUAGAAAAUAACAAUGAAGAACAUAUAAACAACAACUGGCUCCAGUUUAAAACAGAAAUACUAAAAACAUGCAAGGAACAACUUAGUAAGAAAACAGAGGUAAGAAAGGAAUGGAUGACAACUGAAAUAUUAGGUCUCAUGGACGAGAGAAGAACAUACAAAAACAAAGAUCAACAAAAAUACCGAUAUCUACAAAGCAAGAUCAGAAGUAAAAUUAGGGAAGCCAAAGAAAACUGGCACAGGGAAAAGUGUGAGGAAAUCGAGAAAUUACAAAGUAAACAUGAUGGUUUCAAUGCGCACAAGAGAAUUAAAGAGUUAACCAACAAACGCAAUUACAAUAACAACUUGCUGGUGGAUGAAAAUGGAGAUAUUAUGGACACAAAAGAAAAAUUGAAAGUAUGGAAAAACUAUGUAGAACAACUGUACGAAGAUCAGCGAGAUGAAGAAAGUAGUGAGUAUAUAUGUGAUGAUAUUGGACCAGAAAUAACGAAGGACGAAGUAGAACACAUCAUCAAGGAAAUGAAAACCGGGAAAGCUACGGGACUGGAUGAAAUACCAGCAGAAGUUCUUAAACUCAUUGACAAUCAUAACAUACAUCUUCUAACACAUCUCUUCAACAGUGUAUACAAAACUGGAAUUUUACCGAAAGAGUGGCUACAAUCAACAUUUAUAACUAUCCCCAAAAAGACCAACGCAAGACAGUGCUCGGACCAUCGUACCAUCAGCUUAAUGUGUCACAUACUUAAGGUACUUCUGAAAAUCAACCAUCGCAGAAUAUAUAAAAAGUUAGAAAUAGAUAUUGAGGAUACGCAGUUCGGUUUUAGGAAUGGACUAGGGACUAGAGAAGCACUGUUUGCCUUCAACGUAUUAACGCAGCGGUGCUUAGAUGUAAAUCAGGAUGUUCUCAAGGAUACAAAUUGCAUUGAUGAUUGCCAACCUUCGCAGCGGAGAUGGCACGUGAAGAAGAAGAUGCCUCUUAAAGUUCCAUUUUUGGACUUCCAUGUAGAUUUCCUUCCUGAAAAUCUCGGUGCCGUAUCAGAUGAGAGGAUUUGCUUACCGCUAAACGUGGUAACGAUCGGCACAACCCAGCAAAACGUGGUACCGGUCAACGCGCACACUUGCAUCUUCAGAGCGAAAGAGACAAGACAAGAGAACGACAACUUCUAA